AUGAAUAAAUAACAUAUUCCAGCAAAAGCAUAAGAAAAAAUAUUUGCUUUGAUACUGAAACGACCAGAAAAUUUAGUCUGUGCUGAUUGUGCAACUAAAGGUCCUAGAUGGGUUAGCUUGGAUUAUGGUGUAUUUAUUUGUAUGGAUUGUGCAGGUAAAUAAUUAAUAUUUAUAUAUUUUAGGUGCUCACAGAACUUUAGGUCCCAGUGUCACAAGAGUAAGAUCAACCAAUAUUGAUGGAUGGUAUUAGGAAAAUAUUGAUAUUAUGGAAUCUAUUGGAAAUGCAACAGCAAAUUCUUAUUGGGAAAAUACUAUGCCUAAGAACUAUGUGUAAAAGUUUUUAUUAAAUUAUUUUAGUAAACCCACUAUUAAUACAGGAUUAGAUUCAUUAAUUCGUUUUGUUUAAGAGAAAUAUGUCAAAAAGAAAUUUAUACCUUAAUAAUAAUGUUUGGAUCCGAAAUAACAAUAUAUGUUAACUAAAACGUAUUCAAAUUUUCUAAGAAUUUAGUACAGUUAAACCAUUCUACUUUCGAGUUGAAACCAAAUAAGAAGAACCUAAGGUGAAACUAGGUGAUUUAAUUGAUUUUAAUGAGUAAUAUGACAAUUUUGGUGUUAAGGAAACUAAAAUUGAAAUCGUUCAUGGAAAUAAUACUUAAUAUGGAACUACUCAUUCUCUAUCACCAGAAAAAGAUUAGACAGACUUUCCUUAAACAAAAUAACAAGCAAAUCAUGUUAUGCAUUCAUUACCAUCCUUAGAUAUAUUAAAUCUAUAUAAGCCAGAUUAAUAAUAAAAAUAAUAAAUGCAAUCAUAAUAAACAAUUCCUCAAAAGAAUGCUAAUUAUGCUUACUUGCAGAACUUAGGAUAGUAAUAAUAAUAAUAUAAUUAUCAGUAAUUCUAAAAUAACAAUGUAUAUUUUAAUUAACAAUAAUAAUAAUAAUAAUAAUUUUAACAAAAUUUAUUUCAAUAGCAAACACCUAAUUUCAUUUAAUAAUAAUAAUAAUAAUAAUAAUAAUAAUAAUAAUAAUAUAAAUAAAACGAACCCAUAAAUAUUAUGGACUUGUAUCAUAGAUGA